AUGGAUGCUGUCACUGCCAUCAUAUUUGCAUUUGAUGCCAACGUGAUGAAUCAUUUAAUGAACAAUAUCUUUGUGGGUUCAGUAGCUGAGCUUGCUGAAGAGAAGCCAGCCAGCUCAUUAGCCCUGAAGAAGCUGACACGUAAUAAGAGGAACGCUGUUGCACACUACCAACGCUUGCCUGAAUCCUGGUACAAGUACUACGUGGAUACCCACAACCAGGAAGGAAUUGAGAGUUUAGAUCAGCUCUACUUGAUCUACCUGCAGAAUAAGCGCCAGGCUGAGGGGGACAAUUCCUACAAGCAUUACCUCGCCCGCCUGAGUGAAGUCUACAAGACCUGUGCUAAAUCAGAUGACCCUGACUGCAUUCCAGAAUAUACCAGUAAAUCUCCUAGUCCCAUUCUACUCCCAAUGCGUAUAAAAUCUCCAUCUGGAUACCAUUAUUAUGCCCCAGCACUGGAGUCUUUUCUCUCAAAUGAACAGAGAGCUGAGCUGCUCCGGAUCUGUAGCCCUUCUGAUGUCGAAUGCUUGCAGUAUCACUUGCGUGCUGCUUAUGGUUAUAGACCUGCUCUUACCCCAGUGCCUUCCUAUGCCUACCUGGGAUGUGACCCCUAUAAAGACCCUCAUUGCACGCCCACAAUGAUAGCCCAGACUCCAUCAGGUCUGUAUCAUGUAUACCCUCAUUGUAACCCCACUGUUGACCCUCUCUGUGUCAGUAAUAUAGCCCCAGCUGCCCAAAGUGCAGUGGACGCUCCUAAGGAGCAGUACUGCAACCCGCUAUUUGAAAAAGGAUGCAACCCGCUCACUGCUAACAGACUGGUCACACGUAAGACUCCUGUGCUGCAGUAUGCCACGCCAAAAUGCCAUCCAUAUGAUCCCAACUGUAGCAAGUUUUCCCCUCCGGCUUCCGUUGAGGCAGUCAAGAACACACAGGAUGGCAUUAUCUUCCCCCAUCCUGACUGUGAUCCUGAGAUUGACUACAAUUGCCGUCUGCGCCGUGCAGAACAACAAACAAAAGCCAACAAAAAGACAGCUGAGGAACCCAAGGAUGAACUGGAAAGUGGUGAUACCAGAAAGACCAAAGCAGCACCACAGUACCAGUUCCCACGAUUUGAGGAUUUCCUGAGGGGAUACCUGGGUCACUAUAAGAAAUAA